AUGCGUAAAUUCUUUACAUAAAUUCCUAAAGCAGUCGAAUUAUUAAAAGCUAAUGCAAGUCUUCCUGUAAGAGUUCAUAUUGAAUAUUGUUCAGGAUGAGGAUAUCGUUCUUAAGCUAUAUUGGCUGAAGUUUGUUUAAAGCAUCUUUAUCCAAAAAGUGAAAUUACAUUGAAUUCACCAGAUUCAGUAAAUAUAUAAUAAUAUUAAAAUAGAGAACAGGAAAUAUUGAAGUUACUGUAUUUAAAUAAGAUGGAAUAAAAGAAUUAGUUCACUCUAAAAAAAAUGGAUAAGGUAAUAUUACUCCUGAUAAUGUUGCUGAAAUCAUGCAAAGAGUUAUUAAGUUUGUGGAAUGAAAUAUAAUAAGAAUUUGAAUAUUAUAGUUGAGAUUAAGAGAUUAAAUAAAUGAAGAAUUGGAAAAGAAAUACGGA